AUUCAAGGUACGACUCUAAAAUAAAGUAACUGAAAUGUCAAUCAAAAUGUCAUUAGUAAAAUUAAAUUACCAGAUUGUUAUGUUUUGUUAUCAUUUCCUUAUAAACAAACGUUUGAUUAGAGUAAAGUAACUAUGGAAAUGAUAAAUAUUCUUUUAGAUCCAAUAAUAAGUAAAAGUACGUGCAUGUUAUGUUUUAAACAUUGUGAAAAUACGAUAGGAUUACACGAAAGUAUAGAAAUUCAUGACGAAUACCUAAAUAUAAAUAUAACUUUAGGGAAUAUGAUGGAAAAGUUAUUUCCAACACAUGACCUGCUCCUACCACAAGCCUGUGAAGAGUGUUUCAAUUUAAUCAUCAAAAUAUUUACAUUAUUAGAAAAACAGUAUUUCAAAACUGAAAUAAUCAAUCAGUUAGUUGACAACAUCAAUGAGGAAAUUGAUAAAAAAGAAAAUGACAGACAAACAAAGAAAUAUAAACUAAAGGUAAAUAUUCCAACCUUUGAAACUAUAAUUGAAACACCUAAGAAGGAAUUAAAUUCUUUGCCAUGCAGCAAAUGCGAUAUGAAAUUUAAUUCUGAAGUAUUACUACAAAAACAUUUUAAAAUGACUCAUAAGGACACUAACAAAGCAAACAUCUGUGAUAUAUGUGGGAAAAUAUUCAAUAGAAGCUCAGCUUUAAAAGCUCAUUUAAACUGCCACAAGGUAAAACAGUGUCCGUAUUGCUCUAAAAUUCUCAAAUCUCAUUCCCAUUACAAUUUACAUUUAAAGAACCACAGUGUUCUAACUAAAAGAAAGAGACUGAUGAAAUACUACACUUGUAACAGCUGCGACUAUAGAAGUUUGAAUAAAAACACGCUAGAAGCUCACAUUAAUAAAAACCAUUUGAAUAUAAGACCUUACAUAUGUGAUAUAUGCCAAAAAGGUUUUUAUAAAAAGAGUCAUUUGACUCAGCAUUUGUUGACUCAUGAAAAAGUUAAGGAUAAGACUUGUGAGAUCUGCGGUGAUACAUUUUUGAAUGAAAAGACUUUGAUGGAACAUCUAAUGAUACAUUCCGGACAGAAGCCUUUUAAGUGUGAUGUUUGUGGAGCCGAGUUUAUAACGUCGGGCCGGAGACUUGAACAUAUGAAAAGAAAGCAUUUGGAAAAGUCUGAGUGUUGUCUAGUCUGUGAUAAGAAGUUUGGCCUGAAAAAGGAUUUGAAUGCUCAUUUAAAACAUGUUCAUGGUGCUGAAAAUUAUGUGCUUAAGUUAGAAAAUAAUCAAACCGAGUUGCAAGUUAUAAGGGUGAUAAAAUAAUUUUAAUAUUAUGUACCUAAUGUGUUAAGACUUUGACUAUCGAAAGUGACUCAAUAAGUGGCAGCUUAUAUGUUAAGUAUUCUUUGAUUUACUAAGAUAAGUUUAAUUCUAUGAUAAGUAGUAGAAUUAAGUUAUUCUUGUUUACAACCAAACAGGUCUAUAAGGCUUUUAUGAGUAUUAUAUCUACUACGGACAAACUCUUAAUGGAAUGAGUAUUAAAUUAAGUAUUUAAAAGUGAACCAAUGCAAUAGCUUGGUUGUUUGGAUUUUAAAUUUAUAUCACAUUAUCACAAUAAUAAUAAAAAUGUGAAAGUUUGUUUGUUUGGAUGUUUGUCCGUCAAUCAUGCUGAAACUACUGAUCGGAUUUUGAUGAAAUUUGCUAUGCAGAGAGUAUAUGAACUGACUUGGUGAUAGGAUAAUUUUUAUAUCACGAGAACGUGGGCAAAGCCGCUGGCAGAAGCUAGUUGAAUAUAAACUUAGCUCUAAAAAAGUAUUAAAACUCCACAUGAAUAACUGUAGCUUAUAUUUAUUUUUAUAAAAAAAUAAGGUACAAAAGGACAUUUCAUAUUUUAACAAUGAUUUGUCAAAUUUACUCCUCUAUCCUAUACAAUAAAUAUACAAAAUACGGCAGUGUAAUGAGUAUUAUUAAUUAAAAACUAUUACAAGCAA